AUACGUAGCGGGGACUGAAUCGGUAAUUAGAUAAAUUCCACGUCACAGUUAUAAAUAUUGCGACUGUCUCAACGUUUUCCCUCUUCAUUCUUUUCCCUCUGCCUCACCAUCCCGGAGCUCUUUUUAUCGUUUUGCUUUCGUUUUUUUUCUUUCUCGUAUGCCAAAUCCAGAGAAAAUCAGAAGCUUUUUGUGGGAGAAAUCUGCGUGAUAAUGUCUUGGCUUCGAUUGCGAACCUUCGUUGACGUGUUCGUUGGUUUUGAUCUUUGGAUUUUGUAUGGAAUUUGAGUUUUUCGUGUGGAGAUUUUUGUGGUCGGAAGACGAUUUGGAGCUGAAUCUAGGGUUUGGAGAUGGAACUGCCGGAAACUCAGACAAUCGAUUUCACUGAAAUCUUCGAUUCCUUGUCUCCGAAACGCAUCCGUUCUCCGUACUCCGUCGGCAAACCGUCGCCGGCGAGAGCUCUCGACUUCACGGACGCAGAGAUUGGCGGCUUCCUCGAUUCCAUCCUGAGGAACGACAAAAGAGAGUUCAUCUCCCUCGCGAAGCGGCUCUUCACCGGAGAAGACGCAGACUCCGAGAGAACUCAGGCGUUGAAGCUUCUCAACCUCUGUUGCCAUUACGAUUCUGUCGACUGCGCCUCCUCCCUCAUCAACGGCGAUGCCGCAGGAGUCGUUCCGUACAUAAACGGCGUCGAGGCUGCGACGGGGCUCUCGCCUAUCCACGCGGCCGCGGAGGCUUACGCGCCGCGGUGCACGGCGAUGCUGCUGAAGCGGCGCGCUCGUACGGACGUCAGAAGCAGAGACGGACGCGGUUUGCUUCCCCUGGAGCUGUCCCUCAGAAGGAUUCAUGUGAUCUGGAAUCCCUCUGACUCUGUUGUACACUUGAUCCUCUCGAUUAGCGAAAAGGACUUGACGGCGGUGAAACUGCUUGCUGAGAAGACAAAAGAAUUGGAGACUCUGGCGUAUGCAAUCGCUGUCGAUGGUCUGAUUGUUCAAUUAGCUGCAUUGCUGGUCGUAGCAUCUCCCAAGAUCAAAGAUGCCACCGUGGAGUGGCAUGGCGCUGAUCCCUUGUCCAAACAGAAAAGAACAAUGUACGAGUCUGUCAUUCAAGAAGUGCUCGGGCGGCACUGCUGGUUUCAAAGCGGAUGCAGCCUGAAAAGAAUGCUUUUGCUUCGGGAGAUUGAGCUGCUUCAGCUCUUCGAUGCAGCCGUUUUCAGUGAACGUGUAGACAAUAAGCUGACCUCACCAUUGAUAACUGCAGCACUGGCAGGGGAUGAAGCCAUUCUUGAACUGCUUCUAAAGACCAAAAUAGAUGUCAAUGAAACAGAUUCAGAAGGCAACACUGCUCUCUUGUGCUCUCUGAAGAGCUCCUCUGUAUCAUGUAUGCAGCAAACCAGAAUUAUGUGCCUCCUUAUCGAACGUGGUGCAUGUCCUAGCCAAAGGAAUAAGUUGGGUUUCUGUGCAUUACACUUUGCUGCAGCAAAUGGAAACUUAACUGCUGUUGAGAUUUUACUCUUCAAUAACCCUGAUUCUAUCAACUUCAAGACUGAAAUCAAAGAGACCCCCUUGUUCUUUGCGGUGAAGAACAACCACCUUGCUUGUGUUGAGCUUCUUCUUCGAUGGGGUGCAAAUACAGAAGUCCACAAUUUGCGCAAACAAAGACCAAUAGACCUGGCAGAAUCACAAGACAUGAGAUUCAUGCUAAACCCAACGAACAUUAGUCGCUUUAGCCAGUCAAGUCCUGAUAGCGCACUUAGUGAACUUCCGAGAAGUACAGAUGAGGAAACCGUGUUUGAGAGAUGCCCUUCAAUCACCAAGUUAGAGAUCUGCAAGUACUACGAAUCUCCAACUGGUUGUGCCCGAGGGUCAAAAUGCUUUUACGUGCAUGGAGAAGAGGAGCUUCAACAACAUCCACCACUCGGAAGACCAGUUUCCACUGGAGGUCUUCUUCACUCGCCAGAAUCUGCUGAGAAUCUUACACCCCAAUCAAAUUAUGGUUCACAGUCAAGAAGACGUGGGUUGAUCACCUUCAAGAAUGAUAACUUCUCAGAAGCUGUUCAAGCACAUUGCCUGAGUGUCUCUGGAAAGGGAAUGGAGACUGAGACUGAUGUCGAGAAACCUCUCCUGCUGACCGAGAUUGGUGAGUCUGUAAGAUAUGGUGAAGAGAGGAACAACGAGAACAGACAAAAAACACAAAUGCAGACGAUCAACAAGACGACCCCAUUUGCAAAUCCCAGCCCUAACGACAAAGAGAACUACCCUUCUUGGGCUGAGAUGUUACUGCAUCACCAGCCAGCCAAACCUUGCACUUCUACAUCUAAAGCACAGGUCUUCGGUGACAAACCCAAACCAGUAUGGCUCAAAAAGUUCAUGACCUGGCUUCCCAGUUUCCUCCAGCAUGUAUCAGAAAAUGGAAGAGAAGCUGGUUAUCCCCUCUCAUCUCUCAAAGGUGACUUCCGAGCCAUUUUUGGCAUGGAACUUGAUCAUGCCUCUCUCGGUUACCACAAGCUCAGCGACUUCAUCAAAUCUUUUCCUAAGCUCUGCCAAAUGAAGGUCGUACCCAUAGGUAAAACUGGACCUGCCACACAUUGGGUACUCCUACCCAACUGUUCCCAACUCAAGGGAAGACCUCUGCAGCCACUGAUGAUAAAUCGCGAUGCCAAUGGAAUCAUCUUUGAUGACCCCGUCCUGAACCAUGGACCUAAACCAGCAUCGUCAUCCUCUGGUAUUAUAUGCAGUGACAGUUUCACACAGAACCCACAUGCCGCCUCUGAAACCUCAGAGCUGGGGUUACCCAACCAAGCAUGCAGUCGACAACUGAAACACCCGCUUCUUGAGACACUUGCAAGGGUUAGAAACAACACCUCCGUGUUCUUUCUCCGUGAGUUCGACUUUCGUCAAAGCUACGAGGCGUGUAUAAUGCAGGGGAUGUGCUUCUGGUGCAACAAGAACGAGCUGCAAUGGGCAAACUUCCCAUGUAGACACAAGCUCUGGUGCACCAACUGCAAACAAGAAGCUACCCGUGUUGCUGGGAGAUUUGACCACAGGUGUGUUAUCUGUGACACCAAGGUGGAAAGUUUCAUUUUGUCUCCACCAUUCGCAGAUCUCCCAAACAACAAUGAAUCCGCUCCUUCUCCCCUUCAAAGAUGAGAAAAGCUCCAGCAAUAGAAGUAGCCACUUCUGGGACUGCAUAGGAAGAAAAAUAACACACAGGAAAUCUACAAGCUCUGUCAAAUCAAAGAAUCAAGAAAAUUAGAAACAUCACAGAGGAGAAUCAAAGACAGAAGACAUACAUACCGUCUUUUUCGUACAGUUGAAUUCUUACCCAAGAACUCUUGAAAUGCAAGCGGAUGA